AUGGCUCUUCAAGCGUUCACCUGGGAUACUAUCCCGGAAAUGCACAGUUGCGGAAUGCAGUCCGUAACUUGGGUGUGCCAGGGAUUGGACAGCACGGCGCAGCUUGAUAUCUCCAUUACCGAUAUUAGCGUAGAGCAGGACGCGCCCCCCACGAGCUCUGCCGCGGACACUACGACACCUACUUCGACUACUUCCGUGCACACUCAGAUCGCAGGCAGCCCAACUCAGACUGUCGCCGGGAAUGCGCGACGCUCGGCGUACAGGCGCCAAACCUUCGAGAAUUGGAACGGUUAUGGAGGGACCUGGUUGCCACGCAUCGACCUUGAUCUCGUGGAUAAUCUCGAUCCAACUUCGCAGAACUGGACAUGGCCUUCUGUCAACGUGACACAAGGCUGGUAUGUCCUCACCGCGAAUAUCCCGUCGGUGUCGCUUCAGUCACAAUCUCAACCCUUCUUCGUGGCGAACGGUACAGCAACCGUUCCGUGCUUGGCCGCUUCAUCCCCGUCGUCUUCGCCUACAUCGUCAACACCGGGGCCUACAGCAAGUGCGAGCAACACCGCUGCUUCCAGUGCGACCCCUUCAUCGGCAAAUGACACCGGCUCCAGCGGCGCCUCACCAUCUUCGCGCUCAAAUGCCGGCGCGAUUGCCGGCGGCGUCGUAGGCGGCGUGGCCUUCAUCGCAGCCGUUAUCGCGGCGCUGUUCUUCUUCCUCUGCAGGCGUAAACGCAACCUUCGUGCACGGAGCGCCGUCGGGCCGGGCGUACCGCCCAAGAAGACGAAGCGCCGCGGCGAACGUUCGGAGAGCAUGCAGGCGCUUCCCACGAAAGGCCACGGUUCACACUCUUCCUCGCUCGCCUCCGUGGCGGCUGCUGGGCCCGUAUCAGAGGAGGGCCUCACGAUGCGCGAGAACUACGUAGCGGGCGUGCUUCCGUAUACGCCCGCACCGCCCGUUUCGAGGAGGUUCUCGACUCAGUCGGCUACGGGAUAUAAGCCGUCAGCACCGUACGAGGGUUACAAUAUGGCGCCGCUGCGCUCGACUUCCCAGCCGGGCGCCGCGCGGGACGGUACGGUGCCCUCCGCGCUGACGAUUCCUCCUUCGGACGAGGCUUUGGGUGGAAGCGCGCCCGCAAGUGCUGCGCGCCGCAAACCUGUACCGAAGUACGAUGUGGACGAGUUCGCCGAGGAUGCGAAUACGAGUACCGAGUCCGGCGAUCACUCUGCGUUGACGGACGCUGCGCAUCUCAAGCGACACAGCUUCGGAAAUAUGAAGCCGAUGCAGCAUGUCAUUCAACCCGACCUCCCCGCGGACCGGCGGGUGUAG